AUGUCUGGCACCGCAUUUGAAAGAAACCAUCCAUCUGGGCUGAGCUCUCCACACCUCGAACCAACCCAGCUAUCUGUUGACGACAAUUCCGACGCUGACGAUAACCCCUACCACGACCAAGACCUAGACGAGGGCUCAAACAGUACCCUUGCAGAGAAUAAGACAAACAAUGCACUCACUGGAGCGGCUUUAGACGAAGAGGCAGGCGAAGACGCUACUCAGGACGGCCUACUUCCCAGGGACUUCCAGAGAAGAACAACCUUUUACGAUUACGCUGCUGAGAAGCAAAUAAGCUUUACGGAUGCCAAACUCUUCUAUCAGAGAAGCCAAGCUGAGGCCCAGCGCAGUGGCGAAGGCGGAUGGGGUUCCCAGCAAUCGCUACCCCCCGACAGUCCACGGUUGAGUGAGAGGAAGUAUUCAAACAUUUCCGGAACGGAAGCUGAGGACCCACAAAGAAGUGGCAGCUUGAGAUCUAUUGGAAGCGGCUUGAACAUGGCUCAAAGCCAUGGCAAGUUCAAAUCCGCCCAGCCUACCGGCCUUGUCAACCCAGAGAAACUCCCCGAAAGCAACACCAUACAAGAACCAAUCUUUGGUGGCAAUGAUGGCGUGGGGCGGCCAGGAGGUUUUCAGCGUCAGGAAGUUCGGCAGCCAGAGAACGCGAAUCUACCAGCUGAGCUGCAUGCAGCAGUAACGCCGGAAGGGCUACACGGUGCGGGAGCUGGUAUUGGUGUUGGCAAUGGUGCUGGGGGAUUUGCAAAUACAGAAGCCCAUGUCACUUCCGAGUUGAGCGCAAUAUACUCGAAUAUUCGAAAAGUAUUAGACUUUCGUCACAAAUAUAUGCGCCUGUCGCUACAAGGCCUAGAAGAUAAUCCAAAAGAUGACCCUAGUUGGGAUAUCUAUCCCCCUCACCCUCAGCCGGCAUGGGAGGAGGAGAAACGAAGGGCGACAAUGGCGAAUGGCGGCGAUAGCCUCUCCAACAGCACGGUGCUGCCCACAAAGACCAACGAGAAAGCCCAGGCAGGCGCUGCCAGCGCCUCGCAACCCCCUAAUCCAUCAAAACCCACGCGUAAGCCAGGACAAGAUAUUGGCGAGGAUUUCGACAUGGAAGACCUCCUGCCUCUUCCAGAGGCCGGCGAGAUGACAUUUCGCCUGGAUGAUAACGGCGUAUACCAAGUUUACCAGCAUUCUGAUGCUGGCGCAUUAGAAGAGCCAGUGAUCAACAUCCCAACUAUUCGUGAAUUCUACAUGGACCUGGAACAGAUCUUGGAGAUUUCUUCCGAUGGCCCCUGCAAAAGCUUUGCGUUCAGGCGCCUCCAAUACCUUGAAGGAAAGUUUAACCUCUAUGUGCUUCUGAACGAGUACCAAGAGAUGGCCGACAGCAAAAGCGUGCCGCAUCGAGACUUCUACAAUGUGAGGAAAGUGGAUACCCAUAUUCAUCAUUCAGCUUGCAUGAACCAAAAGCAUCUGCUUCGAUUUAUUAAGAGCAAGAUGAAGAAGUGCCCAAACGAGGUUGUUAUGUUCAGAGAUGGAAAGCAUCUCACACUGAGCGAGGUUUUUGAGAGUAUCAACUUGACAGCAUAUGAUUUGAGUAUCGAUACGCUGGAUAUGCACGCCCACACAGACUCUUUCCACCGAUUUGACAAGUUCAAUCUCAAGUACAAUCCCAUUGGGGAGUCCCGUCUGAGAACCAUCUUUCUCAAGACUGACAACUUCAUCAAGGGGCGAUACCUUGCAGAGAUAACAAAGGAAGUUAUUACCGAUCUCGAGUCCAGCAAAUACCAGAUGGUGGAAUGGCGCAUUAGCAUUUAUGGCCGAGACCCUGAUGAGUGGGAUAAAUUGGCAGCUUGGGUUGUCGAUAACAAGCUCUUCUCGCCAAAUGUGCGCUGGCUCGUACAAGUCCCGCGACUGUACGAUGUGUACAAGGCGUCGGGCCUAAUGGAUAACUUUGAGCAAGUCGUCAUCAACGUCUUCAGGCCCCUGUUCGAGGUUACCAAGGACCCAUCGAGCCACCCGAACCUGCACGUCUUCCUGCAAAGAGUCAUCGGCUUCGAUAGUGUCGACGACGAGAGCAAAGUCGAGCGUAGACUCUUCCGCAAGUUCCCCGUUCCUAAAGUCUGGGAUACGAAACAGAACCCGCCGUAUAGCUACUGGAUCUAUUACAUGUUUGCCAACAUCGCAUCUCUAAACGUCAUGCGUAAGCAACGAGGCUUCAAUACCUUCGUCCUUCGUCCUCACUGUGGUGAGGCUGGCGAUUCGGACCAUCUCGCUGCUGCAGUCCUCACCUGCCACAGUAUCAGCCAUGGUCUUCUACUCCGCAAGGUUCCUUUCUUGCAAUACAUUUUCUACCUCGAGCAGAUCGGUGUUGCCAUGUCCCCGCUCAGCAACAAUGCUCUCUUCCUCGCGUACGAACGCAAUCCCUUCCUUUCCUACUUCAAGCGCGGCCUGAACGUAUCCCUAUCUACCGAUGAUCCGCUCCAGUUCGCCUUCACCAAAGAGGCGUUGAUCGAGGAAUACUCCGUAGCCGCGCAAAUCUACAAGCUUAACGCUGUGGACAUGUGUGAGCUUGCGCGCAACUCCGUCCAACAGAGUGGCUACGAGGCGUCUGUCAAGCAGCAUUGGCUGGGUGAGAACUUCAACAAGCCCGGUGUUGCGGGGAACACGAUGGCGAAGACGAAUAUCCCCAAUAUCCGCCAGGGCUUCCGUCACGAGACGAUACUACAGGAAAUGGCCAUGAUCGACCGCUACACGUCUGCAUCGACGCCAAUACCCUCGGCAGAUACAAGCUCGUACGAAACUCUUGUUGGGCUGCAAUCGCCCACCUCCUCUAUGAAAACGAAUCUCUCCACAACUACCAUCCCCCAUGAUCAGUCACCUUUCCCUGCCCAGGCAGCCCGCUUCCCCCAUGCUCGUCCUACAGCUAGCAUGUCCUCGACAACACUCCCUCCUGUGCCAACGAAUGUCUCGACUGAUAGUCUGCAGCCCAUCAACUCUGGGCUACAGGACCCGCACUUGUCGGGACAUGAGCCUAAGUUUUUCCCAGGGGUGCUGAGUCGUUCGCAGAGGAGGGAUGGUGGCGAAGGGAAAUGA